AACAAAAUUAUCUAGCCACAUUGGUAGAGUUUGCGUCACGUGUCCUGCGCUGAAGCAAUAAUACAAAUAAAAAAAGACGUCCUGAAGGUUGCAGAGGCUGCGAGUAGUCAGGAAAUUUGCCUUUGAAGACGGGUGAACCUGUUAUAGGGGCAGCAAUGAAGAGCUUUUCGAUCCAGGGGCUCAAAAAGCACCCAGCGCGUCUCGUCCAUACUUCACUGAUCCCGCUGGUAGUAAUUGUUGGUGCUGGAGCCGUAGGUGCAGUGUUCUACAUCACACGUUUGGCAACGAGGAAUCCUGAUGUUAGCUGGAACAAAAAGGGCAAUCCUGAGCCAUGGCAGGAAUACAAGGACAAGCAGUACAAGUUCUGGUCAUCAAAGGAUCUCAGUACUGUUCCCAAGCCCGAGAGGCCCGAGUUCUGAACAGUUCUGUUGCAUGAUUCCAUAGAUGUACAAUAGGAGACAUAUCCCAAGUUCAAUAUCGCUGGCCUGGAUAUUCUUUCCUUGGAAAUUGUAAUAAAAAGGCUCAUUUAAUUUGUGGAAGCAUA